UGUGUCGCUUUUACACCUUUUGAGUGACCAGUACAAAUCAAAAAUAUGAAAUUGACGGACACGGCAAUGAAAACGUUUAAGCCUGUUAAAUAUUUCAAGGAAAAUUUUGACCGAAUCAACUCACUUAGUUAUUCGAGUAAUGGCGAGACGCUGAUAUCAAGCAGCGAUGAUGAUCAAAUGGUUAUGUAUGAUUGUACUAGCGGGACACCGAAGCGAACACUGAAUAGUAAGAAGUACGGUGUCAAUCUUAUUCAGUUCACUCACAGUCCGACAACAGCUAUUCACGCUUCUACCAAAGUCGAUGACACGAUUCGCUACUUGUCACUUCACGACAACAAAUACAUACGGUAUUUCCAAAGUCACACGAAAAAGGUUGUUUCCCUUUGCAUGUCGCCUAUCGACGACACUUUUUUAUCUGGAUCUAUGGACUGUACGAUUCGUCUUUGGGAUCUUCGGUCACCCAAUUGUCACGGUGUCAUGCAUGUUUCUGGACGACCGUGCGCCGCCUUCGAUCCGGAGGGGUUGAUCUUUGCAGCCGGUAUCAAUUCCGAAUCGGUCAAGUUGUAUGACCUCCGAUCGUUUGACAAAGGACCCUUUGCUACCUUCAAGUUAGGGCCCGAAACAGCGGGCUGUGUCUGGACAGGAUUGCAGUUUUCUGCUGACGGGAAGACGCUUCUUAUCGCUACUAAUGGCAACCACAUACGUCUUGUCGAUGCUUUUAAAGGGAGCCAUUUACACGCUUUGACUAUCAUUUCCAACGCAGAUCGACAGGCUUUGGAUGCCAGUUUCACUCCGGAUAGUCUGUUUGUUCUCGUUGGAUCCCCUGAUGGCAUGGUUCACAUCUGGUCCGUGGAAACUGGAGUGCGGGUUGCCAGUUUGCCCGGCUAUGAGACCGCCACUCACUUACCAAACGCUGCUAUCCACACUUUGGCCUUCAAUCCACGAUACGCCAUGCUUGCUACCGGUUCUAACCAGACUUCCUUUUGGUUACCAACUAUUGAGGAAUAAGUUUACUGGACCCCUCCCUUUCGUGGAUGUAAAUAUCAUUUACGUGGCGUCAACAGAGCGUCGCUGGUGUUCACUUUGUUUUUCUGCGAUCUACUGCCUUGUUCGAAGAUUAAAACUUUUGAACUUUUCUGGUUUAUGUUUAGCUUACGAUACACGUCGUCACAGCCAUAUUCAGUUAGAAAU